AUGUCUACGCGCCCGGCGACAGAGGAAACUAAAGUUUCUACCGCGGACGUACUUGAGACGAACCCCAGAGGAAUUCCAAAAGUACAAUUUGUGGCAAAUGUUGAAGAAUAUAUCGCAAAAUCGUCGUCGCCGGUGGAGACUACACUAGGGAAAUUCCAGGAAACUAUUGCUAAGUACAAAUUUAUGGAGAUUAACUUUAUGAACCGUAAAAAGGGACUCGAGAUGAAAAUACCCGAUAUCAGAAAAACCCUGACCGUCGUGGAGUUCUUGACAUCAAGACAAGAUUCCGAUGAACCAAUAGAAACCACCUUUGAGUUGAGCGAUACGUUAUGGGCUGCCGCCAAAAUUAAAUCGACAAAAACCAUUUACUUGUGGCUUGGGGCCAAUGUAAUGCUCGAGUAUACAUUGCAAGAGGCAAGUGAACUUUUGGAGAGUAAGUUGACCACCGCCCAAAAUUCCCUAAAUAAUGUGUUGGAAGACCUGGAAUUUCUCAGAGAGCAAAUCACUACGAUGGAAGUUAGUAUCCUUCAAUACUUUAAUACUGCGCGCGUUUAUAAUUGGGAUGUCAAACAGCGGAGACUUUCAUCAAAGACUGGUCAAGAAACGGAAAAGAGUUGA